UUUUUUAUUUUUAUUUUUAAAAAUUUUUUUAUUCUCUUUCUUAAUUAUCUACCCUCCAAUUUCUUCGCUCUCUUCUCUCUUUCUCUCUCUGGCGUUCUGCCUCAUCGGGUUGAUCGCCGGAACUUUACCCGUCCGAUCAAACGCCGGUGUUCCGGCGGCCCGACUCAGAUGAGUUUAUGUACGGAUCUUAAAUUUCUGAGGAACUCAUUUCCAAAUUCAAGUAUGGUUCAUUUAUUCUCGAGAAUCUAAAAAUUUUUCAGAUCCAUGCCCUUUUUUUUUUUUUUUUUUCUGAUGCAAAAAAUUAGCCGGGUCAGGUAAAAAAAUAAAAAUAAAUAAAAAAGAAAGUCCCCAGAUGUUUGAUUCACCAAUCUAGGGGCUAUUAUUCCAUGCCUGAUGAUCCAUCGUUUCGCACAGUAUACACCACCACCUUAUCGCGGCCACCAGCUCCUGCUGUUCUGAUAGCCAACUCAAUAACCCCAAUCGUAGGGUUAGUUUUAGGUUUAGGGUUUGUUGCAUUUUUGAAGAAUGUUCAAGAAAAUCAUUAAAGGUGGGCAUCGAAAGCCCUCCAAGUCCGACGCUAAUGAUCCUUCGCUGUACGGAUACGGCCCGCCCGGUAAUCGCAAUUCCGGGUCCAUAUCAACAACGAAUGUGGUGGUGAACCACGCUUCUCGGGCAGGGGCCGUCGCAUCGGGGCCCAAUUCUGUUGGACCAGCUGUUCCCCCAGCUUUGGCUCCGCCUUCCGGCACGGUGGAGCCCCUCCCUUUGUUCCGAGACGUGCCGGUGACUGAGCGCCAGACUUUGUUUCUCAAAAAGUUGCAGAUUUGCUGCGUUCAGUUAGAUUUCUCGGAUACCCUUAAGUCCGCUAGAGAGAAGGAAAUCAAGCGCCAGACCCUCAUGGAAUUGGUUGAUUUUAUCCAAUCCGGGUCGGGCAAGAUCACCGAGACUUGUCAAGAGGAGAUGAUUAGGAUGAUUUCGGUGAACAUAUUCCGGUGCUUGCCACCGGCUUCCCACGAAAAUACCGGCCAAGAUAAUGCCGAUCCCGACGAGGAGGAGCCUUAUUUGGAACCCUCAUGGCCGCAUUUGCAGCUCGUCUACGAGUUGCUUCUUAGAUAUGUUGUCUCAUCCGAUACCGAUACCAAGGUUGCCAAGCGGUAUAUUGAUCACUCUUUUGUUUUGAAACUGUUGGAUUUGUUUGAUUCUGAGGAUCCACGCGAGCGAGAGUACUUGAAGACGAUUCUUCAUCGUAUAUAUGGAAAGUUUAUGGUGCACCGCCCGUUUAUUAGGAAGGCAAUUAAUAACAUUUUCUAUCGGUUUAUAUAUGAGACCGAAAGGCAUAGUGGUAUCGCAGAGCUUUUGGAGAUUCUUGGGAGUAUUAUUAAUGGGUUUGCCCUGCCGAUGAAAGAGGAGCAUAAGUUGUUUCUUGUUCGGGCUCUCAUACCAUUGCAUAAGCCUAAGUCCAUAACUAUAUAUCAUCAGCAGCUCUCUUACUGCAUUACCCAGUUUGUCGAAAAGGAUUACAAGCUGGCAGAUAUAGUUAUAAGGGGUCUGUUGAAAUAUUGGCCGGUUACCAAUUGUCAGAAGGAAGUUCUUUUCCUUGGAGAACUUGAAGAAGUUCUAGAGGCUACACAAGCUGCGGAAUUUCAGCGCUGCAUGGUUCCUCUAUUCAGACAGAUUGCCCGCUGUCUCAAUAGCUCUCACUUUCAGGUUGCAGAACGAGCCCUGUUUUUCUGGAAUAAUGAACACAUUGUGAGCUUGAUUGCUCAGAAUCGGAAUAUCAUAUUACCAAUUAUUUUUGAGGCGUUGGAGAAGAAUAUCCAGAGUCACUGGAACCAGGCGGUUCAUGGGCUAACCAUCAAUAUUCGGAAGAUGUUUUUGGAAAUGGAUGUCGAGUUGUUCGAAGAGUGCCAAAGAGAGCAUGCAGAGAGAGAAGCGAAGGCUAGAGAGGUGGAAGAACAGCGAGAGUUGACAUGGAAGAAACUGGCAGAUGCUGCAGCACAAAGGGAGGGGGAUGAUAUGGUUACGGUUUGACCGAAUCCUUCAUGGUCAUGAAUGACAAAUGGAGCUGGAAGUCGUUGCUCCUCCCAUUUUGAUGGUAUUCUUUUUUCAUUUUUUUUUUUCUUUUCAUUUGUUUUUUUUUUUUUAGUUUUCUUUCUUGUCUUUAUAUUUUUUUGAUCUCAAUCCGGUCAUUGAAGAUAUUGGAGAAAAGCAGCUAUAAAUGUAAUUUAUAAUGUACCAAAAUUUCUUAGAAACAUGCUGCAGAUUAAGAAUGAUUGGUGAAAAUAUAUAUUGUAUUAAUCUCCCUCUUUUGUUCCCAAAAAGAAAAAAAGGAAAAAAAAAAAAAAAAAAGGAAGAAGAAGAAAAAGAAAAAAGAAGUAUUGAAAAACAUUUUGGUUUGUACGUACUUGAACUGGACUCGUAUUAAUUUGGUGAAAUCAUUCAUAUUCAGCAUUUGGGGAAUUUAAUUUGCUA